AUGGCUGGUGUUAAACGUACACGUCCGGAUGAUAUUCCAACAAGUCAAUCUCAAACAACAUUGAAUGAAACAUCACCAAAAACUGAACCAGCAUCACCAUUUGUUAGUACGAUUGAAGAAGAAUAUACAUGUCCAAUCUGCUUUGAAUUAAUCAGUGAAGCAUAUGUCUCUCGAUGUGGACAUAGUUUCUGUAAUAAAUGUCUUCAACGAACAGUUGAAUCUCAUCGUCGUUGUCCAAAAUGUCAAUUAAGUCUUCAACCAGCCGAUAUUUUUCCUAAUUAUACAUUGAAUGCAAUAAUUGAGAAAUAUCGUCAACAACGUCCAUUACCUCAAACAUUCGCUAAAUAUGGUAGUAUUGUUGAUCAUAUUUCUGAUAUGGUGACUAAUAUUCAUACAUUAAAUGGCCCAGAUCUUGAUCGUCUUAUCUCAGUUAUUCGUCAACAUAAAGAUAAACUUGAUUCAAAUAAUGAAUAUAUUCAUAAUCGUUUACUGGAAAUAUUUCUAACACAUGUUCAUCAUGAACGAAGUGGAGCAAUUGAAUCUUUAUCAAAAGAAUUAAAUAUUGUUGAUCAAGAUUUAAAACAAAUGAAUAAAAGACAAAAAUGUUCAUCAUCAAAUGUAAAUAAUCCAAUAAAUACAAAUUCAAAACAAACUAUAGAUGACAAUGCAUUAUUAUCAUCAUCAUCUGAUUCAACAAGUAAUAUUAAAGAAGAUUUAUCAUCAUCAAAUGAUACUACAAUUGUUAAUGAUACUGUUCCAAACUGGGUACAAUCAGGAGGACAAGAUCUUCGAGCAACACCUGAUAUGAAAACAGAUAAACAAGAAUUAGCACCAACAACAACGAACGCACCAACCACAACUACUACUACAUCGAGAAUUGUAUCUACUGGUGCUGUUGUCCCAGAAGAAACUAAUCAAUAUGAUGAUAUCGAAAAUCGAACAAAGAUAAUGAUGCGUUUUAUGGACGAUUUGACAAAUAUUUAUUUUUCAACAAGAAAUUCUCUAAGAUUAACAGUUGAAAAUGAUGGAUCAUGUAAUGGUGAUAGUGGUUUAGGUACAUUUCGUGAUAGUCUUGCAGCAGUAACAAAAUAUUCUCGAUGUAAACCAAUUGCAACAGUUAAUUUUGUUGGAGAAAAUUUUGCUCAAGCUAGUAUUGUCUCAAGUAUUGAAUUUGAUCGUGAUUAUGAACAUUUUGCUGUUGCUGGUGUUUCAAAAAAAAUUAAACUCUAUGAAUAUCAAUCUGUAUUAGAUAAUUCAGUUGAAUUACAUUAUCCAUCAAAAGAAGUUGCAUGUACAGCUAAAUUAAGUUGUAUUAGUUGGAAUCCAUAUUUAAGAAAUUAUUUGGCAUCGAGUGAUUAUGAUGGAUUUGUUACUAUUUGGGAUAUGGCAACUGCACAAAAAGUUCGAACAUUUCAAGAACAUGAAAAACGUGCAUGGAGUGUUGAUUUUUGUUCGUCUGAUCCUAAACUACUUGCAUCAUGUUCGGAUGAUUGUCGAGUCAAAAUUUGGUCAAUGCAUAAUGAAUAUUCAGUGACAACAAUUGAUGCUAAAUCAAAUGUUUGUUGUGUUAAAUUUAAACCCGAUUCUCCACAUAAUAUUGUCUUUGGUACAGCUGAUCAUAAUUUAUAUUAUUUUGAUUUACGUAAUACACGUGAACCAUGUAAUCUGUUAAAAGGACAUAAAAAAGCUGUAUCAUAUGCUCGAUUUUUGUCGAAUAAUGAAAUUGUAUCAGCAUCAACAGAUAGUCAACUUCGAUUAUGGCGUGUUACAGAAGGACAAUGUUUAAGAACAUAUCGUGGACAUGUUAAUGAAAAGAAUUUUGUUGGUUUAGCCGUUUCAUCAGGUUAUAUUGUCUGUGGUAGUGAAACAAAUACAGUACAUUUAUAUCAACGUGAAAUCUCUCGACCUUUACUCAGUUAUAAAUUUGAUGAUCAAAAUAGUGGACCAAGUAAAACAGUCACAGCUGCAACGGAACGUCCAAAAAAAGAAGAAAGUGGUUCAGAAUUUGUUAGUGCUAUGUGUUGGAGUAAUCGAGAAAAUAUCUUAUUGGCAGCCAAUAGUCAAGGUGUUGUUAAAGUAUUGGAAUUGGUCUAA